GCGGCGGCGCGGGCAGAGGCGUGCGGGCUGUGCGGCCACCCCGCUGCUCGCCCCGGGGCGUGUGGCCAGUGCCCGGGGGGCCCGGGGAGCCACCAGCAGCCCCCCCCCCGCCCCGUCUGGUCCCGGCUCCUCCGGGCCGUCCCGAGCGCUGCAGUCCCCGGUGCCUUAAACGGGGCUAUCCCCUUAAUUGUGUUGUCCCUUAAACCUCGUGUCAGCACCCCGGAGCACCAGCGGGUUGUGGGUUUUUCGCUAUUUUUCCCUUUUGGUAACGUCUUGCGUUUGGGAUGCCGGCACACCCACACAUCGCUCAGCCACCCGGCUAGCGCUGCAGCUUCCAGAGGUGGCGGUGGGCUGUCUGCGGCGGUCUGCAAGCAAAUAACUUUUGCAUCCAGUGGUGAUUUCACUUGGAACAGCAUGUCAGGGCGCAGUGUUCGGCUGAAGUCAGUUCCCGUUCAAAGCCUCUCUGAGCUGGAGCGCGCUCGGCUACAGGAAGUGGCUUUUUAUCAGCUGCAGCAGGACUAUGACCUGGGCUGUCAGAUUUCUAUCCCCAAAGAUGGGCAAAAGAGGAAGAAAUCAUUAAGAAAGAAACUGGACUCGUUAGGGAAGGAGAAAAACAGAGACAAAGAAUUUAUUCCCCAGGCUUUUGGAAUGCCCUUGUCCCAAGUGAUUGCUAAUGACCGGGCCUACAAACUCAAGCAAGACUCUCAGAGAGAAGAGCAAAAAGAUGUUUCAGAUUUUGUGGCCUUUCUCUUACCGUUUGGAACAAAAAGGCAGAACAAAGAACUUUCCAGCAGUAACUCAUCUCUUAGCUCCACCUCAGAAACACCAAAUGAAUCCACUUCUCCUAACACGCCAGAGCCAGCACCACGAGCAAGGAGGCGUGGUGCAAUGUCUGUGGACUCUAUUACUGAUCUUGAUGACAAUCAGUCACGGUUGUUAGAAGCUCUCCAGCUCUCUCUGCCAGCAGAAGCCCAGAGCAAGAAAGAAAAAGCAAGAGAUAAGAAACUAAGCCUGAACCCAAUUUACAGGCAGGUUCCCCGGCUUGUAGAUAGUUGCUGCCAGCACUUGGAAAAACAUGGUCUCCAGACAGUAGGUAUAUUCAGAGUUGGAAGUUCAAAAAAGAGAGUAAGACAGUUACGUGAAGAGUUUGACCGGGGCAUAGAUGUCGUGCUGGACGAAGAGCACAGCAUUCAUGAUGUUGCUGCUUUAUUAAAGGAAUUUCUGCGUGAUAUGCCUGACCCGCUUCUCACUAGAGAACUUUAUACACCUUUCAUCAACACACUCUUAUUAGAGCCAGAUGAACAGCUAAGCACCUUACAGCUUCUCAUUUAUCUCCUACCUCCCUGUAACUGCGAUACCCUACACCGACUGCUGCAGUUCCUCUCCACAGUGGCUGGCCACGCAGAAGACACCACAGACAAAGACGGCCAAGAGAUUACUGGGAACAAAAUGACAUCACUUAACCUAGCUACCAUCUUUGGCCCUAACCUGCUGCACAAGCAGAAAUCUACAGACAAAGAAUUCACAGUUCAGAGUUCAGCUCGAGCUGAAGAGAGUACUGCUAUCAUAGCUGUUGUACAAAAGAUGAUUGAAAACUAUGAAGCCCUUUUUAUGGUUUCCCCUGACCUACAAAAUGAAGUUCUUAUUAGCCUAUUAGAGACUGACCCAGAUGUUGUGGACUAUUUGUUGAGGAGGAAAGCUUCCCAGUCAUCAAGUCCUGAGAUGCUGCGGUCAGAAGGUUCCUACUCCACAGGAGAAAGACACUCUUCCACAGACUCCAACAAAGCUUCGAGUGGAGAUGUCUCCCCAUACGACAACAACUCCCCAGUACUUUCUGAACGCUCACUGAUGGCAACACAAGAAGAAGUUGCCCGCAGUCCAGAUAAGCUGUACAGGGUGCCUGAACAGUACACCCUGGUUGGUCAUUUGCAGCCUAAGACAAAGGAGAAUUCUUCUGCAUCACAGGCUGGAAAAGAUGUUUCAGAAGAUCAUUUCGAUAUCUGGGGCACCUGGCAUUCAACACUGAAAAGUGGCUGCAAAGAUACAGGAAUUACAGGUUCUUAUGGAAACAUUUACGAAAGUAGCUUGCUGCGACCUGGACAGUGCUCUCUUUCCCAGGGGAACCUAUCCAUAUAUUCUCCUCGAUGGCAGGGAAGCUCAUCGGAAUUGGACAACAGCAGACAAGUCAUGCGAAGGAGUCAGACAACUGCUGCCAUUCCUGAGUGUCAGCUCCAUCCUGCAGUGUCUCGGGUGUGCAGUAACCCACAUAUUGAAGCCAGCGGUAGGAGUUUGGACCAGUCACGUUCAAAGUCGGAGCGGCACUUGACUUUAAGCAGUGUGGAGGACCUCACUGAGUAUGACUCACAUGCGGGUUGUUCUCAGAGCAUGGCCAAGCCCUCCUACAGAAAAGAGAGGCCACCACCCCCAUACCCUGGCCCAGCAAAAACAAGCUCUGCGUUGUCGCAGCGAUCAGGCGUUUCUUCAACAUUGCACUCUUUGUGGAGACUUCAACGACAUGAAAAAAGUUCAGGGACCAGAGCAGCUGGAGGACCAGCAGCCAAAGCCCCUGAGCAGGCCAUCUCCAGGCAGGAGCGAUUGGCCCCGCACUCCCAAGUGGGUAAUAUCUAUUCGACGGCAGCUCACAGUCAGAACAGUAAAAAUGUUUCAGAGCCAGACUGGCAUGAUUGGCAAAGAGAGAGAUGGCAAAUUUGGGAGCUUUUAUCAGCAGAUAACCCUGAUGCCCUCCCAGAAACCCUUGUAUGAUCAAACUCAACAGAACUGCCACUCAUAACUCUGCCUCCCUCUCAUAGGAAAACAACAGUCAUGUUGGAAAAGUGGGGGGCUUGUGUGUUUUCUACCAACUAAGUUACAUAUAAUUUUUUUAAACCUUGUUCACUCUAAUUUCUUAACAGCACUGUCAAGCAAUCCAUUUACAAAUACAGUAUGUUCCUGUUUUUCAGCAAGCUUUUGAGAAAAAAACAAGAUGAAAAUUUUAGUUUAAUAACUCUGUAUGCAUACACUGUGUAUAAGAUAAAACUAUUGCUUCAAUGUGGCUAAAAAUGUAUUUAUAUAUCUGCAGUUUUGAUGAUUGUAUAUUCUGUAAUGGGUAUUGUAUGAUAAUCAUAUAUUAUGUUUUCAUAUACAGAUGUCAAUCAGUCAUGACUGCUUUUUUUUAAAAAUCACUGCACUUACAUUACCGUGAUAUGCAUUGGAAUUCUAUAGAAAGUGCACAAGCUGGUUUCUGUGCUUGUAUAAAAAAAAAAAAAUGUUAAGCGGGGAAGUUGUCCCUAAUUUCACUGCCUAUUGAAAAACACUAAAACAGAGAGGAACAUGAAAAGCCAUAUAUUUUAUAAGGGUAAUAGUGAGCGAGGGGGGGAAAUACCAAAUAUUUUUUUCUUAUAAAUAUAUUUUCAAACAAAAUUAAAAUUUGAUACAAGUUAGAUUGUAAAAAUAUUUUUUUUAGAUUCUGAUAGGAAGCAGUUCAGAAAAUCAAGAGCAAGGCCGUGCCUAAACCAACUAAAGAUGUAGUGCAAAGGUCUGCCCUCCCAUUCUAGAGGAAAAACAAUGUUAUGUAUACCGGAUAUAAUAUAUAUAUUUAUAAAUGUAUCAUUUUAUGUAUUGUUCUAAAACAAUAAACUGGAAUCCAAAUUUUAGAAAACCAAACCCAAUAAAUUGAGGUGUGUAACGACUGAGAAAGAAUAUGGCUUUUCCUUUAAAAUAGCAAAGCUUCAGCAUUAAGUAAGUUAGACAAAGCAAAAAGAAAAAUAAAGACAGAGAUGCUAGCAAAAGGGAGUCACAGAAUUUCGGAAAUGAACAUGCCAUUUGGAGAAGUUCACAGCUGUGUUUCUAUAAAUAUUGUGCCAAAGCCUGGGUCAAUAGUACUUCUUCAAUAACUGUAUGCUGCAUUGUUAAAUGUUGAUGUUUUAUAAGCCUUCUGGUGUUUUUAAAUUGCAAAAACGUUUGUGGCCAGCAGGUGGCAAUGUACUUCAGUAUUGUAGAGAAAAUUAUUUUAUCACUUGAUAAGGGAAAGUAUCAUAUCAAAAGAAUUUUAUAAAACAUAUUAGUGUUAAUUUUAAUGAAGUUGAAAACUUAUUCAGUGAUGUUGUGUUUAAGUUCUAUCUUGUGCCAUAAUGAUGGAAUAAAAGGCUAAGCAAAACAAUGAGCAUAUUUUUGCUCUUUUUUUUUUUUUUUUUAGUAAGGUUUAUGUAAAAAUUGAUGUGUUUUUAUUAUGUUAUUGAGUAUCUCUGUCAAAAACAUCUAAGAGGCUUAGGGCCCUAAAGACCACUUUUAGAUAUGACUUAAAUAUACAAGAUCCAAAGUUUUGUUUGUGUCUUAGGCUUAAAGGCCAUCAUACAAGGAGCCUGCUUAUCUCCAUUUUCCCAAGUAAAGUAAUAAGAUAAAAGUACCAACCCAAGCAGAAAGGGGCAGGAUUUGGCCUUUGGCUGUUGAAGCACUGUCAGGCUGGCCAGCUCAUUUUAUCAAUAUUGCAUUUAGAAUAAAUCUCAGUUCUGUCCCUUGAUACUAGACUUGAUACAAAAAGAUUCUUGCAUGUAGCUUGUUGCAGCAACUGUCAAUUUAUUACCAAAAGAAAAACAAACAAAACAAAACUCACCCAAAUUCAAAAGAUAGUGGAAUAUAAGAAAGGACUAAAAAAGAGCUCUCACAAGCAAUCAUUAUUUGAUCUUGCCUCAAUAUCAUCCCAGGCUUGAUGCAGAUUUGCUACAGCAUCUUAAAGCUCUGUAGCAGUCCUAAAAAACAGGCAUAAUAGAAAUCCUGCUGCAGAAGAUGCUCUGUUCACUGUCUCCUCAUUUUAAAUCCCUUUCUAAAUAUAGAUGUAUCUGCACAUUUCUAACAUUUUUAGUGAAAGAUGUCUAACACUUACUUAGCCUCAUAAAAAGAUUCCUUUUCGCCAGUACCUCUCUCUGUAUAUAUGUGUAUAUAUGUGUAUAUUGCCAUCAAUAUGGUGUUUAUGCAAAAAUGAGAACAAAAAAAAAAACAACAAAAAACACUGUCAAAGGACAAUGUGUCUGCACACAUUUCACUAUACAAUUGCUUGGAAGAAAACAUAUAGAAUAAAUCCUGAUGAAUUAAAAAUAA